CGCCCGGCCGGUGGCUGCUCGAGCGGAGGCGGCGCCCGGGCGGCAGAGCGGCGGGCAGCCCCGCACCUCGCCGGGACAUGCGGCUCCGGUACGGUCCGUUCCUAUCGGUUCUGUGCCUCGGCGCCGCCUUCCCCCUGCUGUGGUACGCGGCGUGGCAGAAGAACCAAGGAAAUGACUUCGACAUGUACCAAAGCCAGUUGCUGGAACUUCAGCAAAGACUUCUGUAUGCUGAAAAGGAAAAUAAAAGAAGAUCACAGGAACUGAGCAGUGCUCUAGAUGAAAUUAAACAUAUAGUUGCAAAAAGAAUGAACUUGACGACAAAUCGUACAGAUGAUAGGAAGGGGCAAAUGUUAAACCUCACCAGAAAACUGCCGGUACAUCUUACAAACAUGUACUACUACCUACCUCACCUUCGAGAAUACGAAGAUGCCAUUUUUCCGAAUGUUAUAUUUGGGCAACAGAGGACUGGAGUCUCACUGGUGAUGGGUAUUCCUACUGUGAAGAGGGAAAAACAGCACUAUCUGAUGACUACACUGCAUUCCCUAUUGUACGAACUUUCUGAAGAACAGAAGGACGACUGUGUAAUAAUCAUCUUUGUAGCAGAGGUGAAUGAAGAAUAUGUUAACAGUGUUGCAGAAAGUGUUAAAACCAGCUUCCCCAGAGAAAUCCAGUCUGGAGUCCUAGAGGUUAUUUCUCCUCCUACUUCUUAUUAUCCAGAUCUUUCCAACCUGAAGAAAGCAUUUGGGGAUUCAGAGGACAGAGUAAGGUGGAGAACUAAACAGAAUUUGGAUUAUAGCUUUUUAAUGCUAUAUGCCCAACCUAAGGGAACAUUUUAUUUACAGCUGGAAGAUGAUAUUAUAGCCAAACCUGAUUAUAUUCAAAGUAUAAAAAACUUUGCUGCUCAACAGUCCGAAGAGUGGAUGAUUCUUGAGUUCUCCCAGCUGGGAUUUAUUGGAAAAUUGUUUAAAUCAGAAGACUUGCCACUCAUAGUGGAAUUUUUUCUCAUGUUCUAUAAAGAUAAACCCGUAGACUGGCUUCUAGACCACCUGCUCUGUGUUAAAGUGUGCAAUCCAGAAAGGGAUGCAAUACACUGUGAAAAGGAAAAGGCAAAGCUGCGUAUCCGUGCUAAACCAUCUCUCUUUCAGCAUGUGGGAACGUAUUCAUCAUUGGCUGGGAAGAUACAGAAUUUGAAAGAUAAAGAUUUUGGCAAAAAUCUGCUACAUAAAAGUCAUAAUAAUCCACCUGCAAAAGUGAAUACAAGCCUAAGAAUAUACCAGCAAUACACCUUGGAAAAAGUUUAUGAAGGAAAAGACUGUUUCUGGGCUUCAGCUCCAGUGGCUGGAGACUACCUCAGCUUCACAUUUUUAAAGCCACUAAAAGUAGAAAAGUACUUCUUCAGAAGUGGAAACAUUGAGCACCCUGGUGAUAAACUGUUUAACACUACCGUGGAAGUGUUACCGGCUGAUGAAAUUCCAAGAAAAGAACUGGUUGACAAUGGAAGUAAAUUUAACUACUCAGCAACCAAAGAUGGAUAUUUAAAAAUAGGGGCUUUUGAAAAUGGAAUUGCAGAAGGCAGUAUCAAUCAGUCAAUAGGAAAAAUACAGGCUAUUCGUUUAUCAGUCAAUUCUGAUUCUCCUGUAUGGGCAUUACUUAGUGAGAUAACCAGGAUGCACUUCCAGUGGGACUGGCUGUGUGUGGGGGUCCUGAUAAUUAGCUCAGUAACUGCAGAAAUUGAAAAUGAAGACCAUCUGGAUGCAGAUGUUGAAGUGGAGGAUUUUGACAAGCAAUCUCAAGAAGCUGAUGUUGACAGAGAAGAAUCUUCCUUAGAGGUUGUGUACCAGACUCCAAAGCCAACUGGGGAGGUGUAUUUUACAGAAACCUUUGAUGGAGAAUUGACUGGGUGGGUGUUGUCUAAAACCAAGAAAGACAACAUGGAUGAUAACAUUGCUAAAUAUGACGGAAGAUGGGAAGUAGAAGAGCUGAAAGAAAACACAGUGGCUGGAGACAGAGGAUUAGUCUUAAAAUCGGUGGCAAAGCAUCAUGCAAUAUCAGCUAUGCUAACAAAGGCAUUUGUUUUUGAUAAUAAACCUUUGAUUGUUCAAUAUGAAGUGAAUUUUCAAGAUGGCAUUGACUGUGGUGGUGCAUAUGUUAAACUUAUCUCCAGUAGUGAUGGCUUGGAUCUGGAAUACUUUUUUGACAAAACACCUUAUACUAUUAUGUUUGGACCAGAUAAAUGUGGAGAGGAUUACAAACUACAUUUUAUCUUCAGACAUAAGAAUCCUAAAACUGGAGAAUAUGAAGAGAAACAUGCAAAACGUCCUGAUGUAGACCUAAAAAAAUUCUAUUUGGACAAGAAGACACAUCUAUAUACUCUUGUGCUAAAACCAGAUGAUACGUUUGAAAUGUCAAUUGACCAAUCAGUUGUCAGCAGAGGAAAUCUUCUUGAGGAUAUGGUUCCUCCAGUAAACCCUCCCAAAGAAGUAGAGGAUCCUAGUGAUAAGAAGCCUGAUGACUGGGAUGAGAGACCAAAAAUACCUGAUCCCAAUGCUGUCAAACCAGAUGACUGGGAUGAAGAUGAGCCUUCCAAAAUAGAAGAUCCUGAUGCUGUUAAGCCUGAGGGAUGGCUUGAUGAUGAACCACAGUAUGUUCCAGACCCUAACGCAAAAAAACCAAAGGACUGGGAUGAAGAAAUGGAUGGGGAGUGGGAAGCCCCUCAGAUCCCUAAUCCAAAGUGUGAGACUGCACCUGGUUGUGGACAGUGGCUGCGUCCCAUGAAGAAUAACCCAAACUAUAAAGGAAAAUGGAAAGCACCUAUGAUAGAUAAUCCUAACUAUCAGGGAAUCUGGAGCCCUCGGAAAAUACCUAACCCAGACUAUUUUGAAGAUCCGCACCCAUUUGAGAUGACCACUGUCAGUGCUAUUGGUUUAGAACUCUGGUCUAUGACAUCCAAUAUCUACUUCGAUAACUUCAUUAUCUGUUCAGAAAAAGAAGUAGCAGAUCGUUGGGCAGCAGAUGGCUGGGGCUUGAAGAAAUUAGCAGCAAGUGCUAAUGAGCCUGGUAUGUUUAGUCAACUGGUGACUGCUGCAGAAGACCACCCAUGGCUCUGGGUUCUUUACAUCUUGACUUUGGCUCUCCCUGUUGGCCUAGGUGUCUUGUUCUGCUGGCCAGCAAAGAAAACAGACGAAGAUGUUGACUUCAGCAAAACUGAUAUAUCUAAACCAAUUUUAAAGGGAGAUCUAAAACAAGCGAGAGACGAGUUAGAAGAUGAUGAAAUAGAAUUAGAAGAAAAAGAAAAUGAAGAUAUUGCUGAAGAUGAGAGAAGAGAAAUGGAGGAGGCAAAAAGAAAGCUUAUACAGGCUACAAAGAAGAUGGGAAGGGAGACUCCUCCUUCAGAAGAUGAGGUUGAAGGUGGUGAAGAUAUUGAUGAUGAAGAAGAAAAUGAUGUUGAAGACAGAAGUCAAGAAGACGGUGAUAAGCCAAAUAAAUCUGGCUCAGAAGAUGAGAUGAAAGAAGCUGAUGAAAGCACAGGUUCUGGAGAUGAUGCACUGAAAUCAGUGCGCAAAAGAAGAGUACGAAAGGACUGAGUUAUUUCCAGCUAGUAUUUGUAUGUCUAGAUAAUAGUAACUUUGGGUAUGCCACUUCAGUGGGCCUGACGGCAUCCAAGUUCCUGAGAUCUGAAAGAAAAAAGUGGGGCUCAUUACUACAUAACCUCCUAUUUUAAUUGUCUAACCUCUUUUAAUCUUCCCAGACUUCCUUGCGUCCCUUUUUUUAAGGAGAAAUAUUCUCUGUGAGGAGUUAGCUGAUGUUUUGAAUUCAGAAUGGAAGUGAAACUGCAAGUCGGCCAACUGAUUUUUAAAGUGAAGAUUCUUAAGAGUUGAAGAUUACUAGAAAUUAGUUGGAGAUAAGCUUACUCUAAAUAUUUUUUAAAACAUUAUAGUAUUUUUGCAGCUCUAGCACAAAAUUAGCUAUUUAUACUUUUCAGCUAAAAGAGGAUGACAGUAGAGAUGUAGCAUCUAUAGCAGUUCACAUUGCUAUGAGAAAAGGUGUUUUUUUUUCUGUGCAGAGCAAUAAUUGGUUUUGUAUGAUGAUUUAGUGCUAGCAGCAAUUUUUAUUGUAAAUUAUUUGUUUUAGUUGAUCUUGUUACAUGGGUGGUCACCUGUUCACUUCAGAUAUUGGUUACAGUAAUUUAUUUUUAAGAGAUAUUUUAAAAUAGAAUAUUUGUAGAACAAGUGGUAAUUGUGACUUGUUUUACUUUGGAAUGCAGAUAUCAAAUCUGCAGAAGUGAUACACAGAUGAUUUUUUUCAAACUUUUAUAGUUCUCAUGUUCCAACCCAGAGUGGUAUAACCUCUAUUUAUAGAAUACUUGCUAAGUGUACAUUGCUUCCUAUAAAAAUAUUUAAUAAUUCUUGCUUAACAUGAAUUUUAUUAAUAUAGAUAAAAAUUUUUGAUGUUUUUUUUUUUUUACAGAUGUAACUGGGCUUUCUCAUAAUGUAGUUUAAAUAAACUGCACAUUGUAAAAAACCAA